AUGUCCAAGACCCUGCGGAAGAAGCGGCACUGGCUGAGCAAGGUGCAGGAGUGCGUGGUGUCCUGGGGCGGCCCAGCGGGCCCCGACCCCGAUCUGCUGCGCGGCGGCGCCGAGCGCGGCGAGUUCCCGUACCUGGCGGGCCGGCUGCCCGCGGGCGGCGAGGGCGCGCCGGGCCCCGCGCUGCUCUCGGGCAAGGCGCCGGCGCCGGGGGACGUGCUGCUGGAGGUGAACGGUACUCCGGUGAGCGGCCUCACGCACCGCGACACGCUGGCCGUGGUGCGGCACUUCAGGGAGCCCGUGCGCCUCAAGACCGUGCGCCCAGGAAAAGUCAUCAACAAGGACUUGCGCCACUACCUAAGCCUUCAGUUCCAGAAGGGCUCGAUAGACCACAAACUUCAGCAAGUGAUCAGAGACAAUCUCUAUUUGAGAACCAUCCCUUGCACUACAAGGGCUCCUAGAGAUGGGGAGGUCCCUGGGGUAGACUAUAAUUUCAUUCCUGUUGAGCAGUUUAAAGCGUUGGAAGAAAGUGGAGCCUUACUAGAAAGUGGAACAUAUGAUGGUAAUUUUUAUGGUACUCCCAAGCCUCCAGCAGAGCCCAGCCCCUUUCAGCCUGAUCCAGUGGAUCAAGUUCUUUUUGACAAUGAUUUUGAUACUGAAUCACAGAGGAAAAGAACCACAUCCGUCAGCAAAAUGCAAAGGAUGGAAAGUUCUCUCCCUGAAGAGGAGGAAGAGGAAGAAAAGGAAGCAGUUAAUGGCAGCGGAGGGAUAGAAAACAAAGAAAAACAUUCAGAUUCUCCUGACUGGAUGAAACCUGUUCCCAGCUACAACCAGACAAGCAGCAACAUGGACUUCAGAAAUUAUUUGUCAAGGGAUGAGACCCUGGAACCACUACCCAAGAACUGGGAAAUGGCCUACACGGAUGCUGGCAUGAUCUACUUCAUUGAUCACAACACCAAGACAACGACAUGGCUUGAUCCCCGACUCUGUAAGAAGGCCAAAGCUCCUGAAGAUUGUGAAGAUGGAGAACUUCCUUAUGGAUGGGAGAAAAUAGAAGACCCUCAAUAUGGGACAUAUUACGUUGAUCAUAUUAACCAGAAAACUCAGUUUGAAAAUCCAGUAUUGGAAGCCAAAAGGAAAAAACAGCUAGGACAGACUGAUGCUGGCCCUUCCAAAUCAGAACCGGGGAGGUCUCUCUUCACUCGAGAUCCAUCCCAGCUUACUGGAGCACUCAUAAGGACAUCCCUGAAGAAAAGUACUAUGGGAUUUGGCUUCACAAUCAUCGGAGGGGACAGGCCUGACGAGUUUCUUCAGGUGAAGAAUGUGUUAAAAGAUGGACCCGCUGCGCAAGAUGGAAGAAUUGCUCCAGGUGACGUCAUCGUGGACAUAAAUGGAAGCUGUGUCCUUGGCCAUACCCAUGCAGAUGUUGUCCAGAUGUUUCAGCUCAUUCCCAUAAAUCAGUAUGUGAACAUGACUUUGUGUCGUGGGUACCCUCUUCCUGAUGACAAUGAAGACCCCGUGGUGGAUAUCGUGACAGCCACGCCUGUCAUUAGUGGUCCGCCGGUGGCCAAGGGAGAUGCUUCCAUGUCCAGCCAAGAUUUAGUAGCAGCAACAGUUGUGUUGGACCAGAAUGGGAAAGUGUUGGUCAACGGUCGCCUCAACGGCCCUUCUGUGGAUUCAGGAGAGCAAAGGGUCUCCUUUGCCUCCUCAGGAGGCUCUCAGCCAGAGCUGGUCACCAUCCCUCUGAUCAAAGGGCCUAAAGGCUUUGGGUUUGCCAUUGCAGACAGUCCCACAGGCCAGAAGGUGAAGAUGAUUUUGGACAGCCAGUGGUGCCAAGGCCUACAGAAAGGGGAUGUCAUCAAGGAGAUUUGCCAUCAGAAUGUGCAGAGCUUGACCCACUUGCAGGUGGUGGAGGUGCUCAAGCAGUUUCCAGUCGGAGCAGAGGUGCCCCUGCUUAUCUUAAGAGGAGGUCCACCCUCCCCUACUAAAGCUGCCAAAGGAAAGGACAGGCAGGACAGUUCCGGGAGUUUGGAAGCUGUCAGCGAUACCAUUCCGCAGCCGAUGCCCUUCCCGCCCUCUGCUGUGCGACCAGGCUCUCCUAAACUGGACCCGUCUGAAGUCUACCUGAAGUCUAAGACAAUUUAUGAGGACAAACCUCCAAACACAAGAGAUUUAGAUGUUUUCCUGAGAAAACAAGAGUCAGGCUUUGGUUUCCGGGUGCUUGGUGGGGACGGACCAGAUCAGCCUAUUUAUAUCGGAGCCAUAAUCCCGUUGGGAGCAGCGGAAAAGGACGGGAGGCUGCGUGCAGCGGAUGAGCUGAUGUGCAUUGAUGGAGUCCCUGUGAAAGGGAAGUCACACAAGCAAGUUCUGGAUUUAAUGACCAGUGCUGCACGAAACGGGCAGGUGCUGCUCACUGUCCGGAGGAAGAUCUUCUUCAGUGGGGAAAAGCAGGCAGAGGAGGAGGAGCCGCAGCCUGUCCUGACACAGAACGGCUCUCCUCGGCUGAACCGUGUUAACUUUGCCAACCAACCGUGCCCGGAGGUCUACGACGUCCGUCUGCAGCGGAAGGAGAACGAAGGAUUUGGCUUCGUCAUCCUCACCUCCAAGACCAAACCUCCUCCUGGGGUGAUUCCUCACAAGAUCGGGCGGAUUAUCGAGGGAAGCCCGGCUGACCAGUGUGGUAAGCUGAAAGUGGGUGAUAGAAUCUCAGCGGUAAACAGCCAGUCCAUUGUGGAGCUCUCCCAUGACAGCAUUGUGCAACUCAUCAAGGAUGCAGGCAACGUGGUGACCCUCACAGUGGUGGCUGAGGAAGAGCAACGUGGUCCUCCAUCAGGAACAAACUCGGCCAGGCAGAGCCCAGCCCCACAGCACCGACCACUGGGAUUGGCACCGAUCAACCCUGACAGGGGAGCUACAGAAGGUGAAGCUGGAAAAGAAGUUUCUAAUAGUUACCGGCUGUCCUGGCCUGAGCACAAGCACAUGGCACAGUUGGAUGCUGCUUCAGGUGUUGGCAGCCGUCAUUCCCAGAAUGCUGGCUGUUUCCCAGUGGAGUUGGAAAGGGGCCCUCGAGGGUUUGGAUUCAGCCUCCGAGGAGGAAAGGAGUACAACAUGGGCUUAUUCAUCCUCCGUCUGGCUGAGGAUGGGCCGGCAGUCAAGGAUGGGAGAGUCCACGUUGGUGACCAAAUUGUGGAAAUUAAUGGAGAGCCUACCCAAGGAAUCACUCACACACGAGCCAUUGAGCUGAUUCAGGCUGGAGGAAAUAAAGUUUUGCUGCUGCUGAGACCAGGGACUGGAUUGAUACCAGAUCACAGUUUGGCUCCUUCCAGUCUGUGUCCCUACGUGAAACCUGAGCAACAUUAAGGGCUUUCAGUGCUUUUCUUGGUUUUUCCUUAAAGACUUGGUGAUUGGGAUAGCUACAAUCCUGCUUCAUCAAAUGUAAUAUAUGAAGAACAGUCACCAUUAUUAUCUUCA